UGCCGCCGCGCCGCGAGCAUGUGGAUCCCCACGGAGCACGAGAAGUACGGCGUGGUAAUAGCUGGUUUUCGAGGGACAGUCCCACAUGGCCUGUUGCUGGAGAUUGGAGACACUGUUCAAAUAUUAGAGAAAUGUGAUGGAUGGUACAGAGGAUUUGCCUUAAAAAACCCCAAUGCUAAGGGUAUAUUUCCAUCCAGUUACAUUCACUUGAAAAAUGCAUGUGUUAAGAACAAAGGACAAUUUGAAAUGGUUAUUCCAACAGAAGAUUCUGUUAUUACAGAAAUGACAUCAACUUUAAGAGACUGGGGAACAAUGUGGAAACAACUUUAUGUGAGAAAUGAGGGAGAUCUCUUUCACCGACUGUGGCAUAUAAUGAAUGAAAUCCUAGACCUGCGAAGGCAGGUCCUUGUUGGCCAUCUCACCCAUGACCGAAUGAAGGAUGUGAAGCGACACAUCACUGCUCGUCUGGAUUGGGGCAAUGAACAAUUGGGACUUGACUUGGUUCCAAGAAAAGAAUAUGCUAUGGUGGAUCCUGAAGAGAUCAGCAUUACAGAGCUCUACAGGCUGAUGGAGCAUCGGCAUCGAAAGAAAGACACACCAGUACCAGCCAGUAGCCACCAUCUUUUUGUUCAGAUGAAAAGUCUAAUGUGCUCCAAUUUGGGAGAGGAACUGGAAGUAAUCUUCUCACUGUUUGAUAGUAAAGAAAAUCGCCCAAUCAGUGAAAGAUUUUUUUUAAGACUGAAUAGGAAUGGUUUGCCAAAAUGUCCAGAAAAGCCUGAAAGACACUGUUCUCUCUUUGUGGAUUUGGGUAGCAGUGAACUCAGGAAGGACAUCUACAUCACUGUGCACAUUAUCCGAAUAGGUCGAAUGGGAGCUGGAGAAAAGAAAAAUUCUUGCAACGUACAAUACAGACGGCCCUUUGGCUGUGCAGUCCUCAGUAUUGCAGAUUUACUGGCAGGAGAUUCAAAGGAUGAUCUCAUCUUAAAAGUAUAUAUGUGCAACACAGAGAGUGAUUGGUAUCAGAUCCAUGAAAAUAUCAUUAAAAAGCUAAAUGCACGUUAUAACUUGACAGGCUCUAAUGCAGGUCUGGCGGUUUCUCUUCAAUUGCUUCAUGGAGACAUAGAACAAAUUAGGAGAGAGUAUACAUCUAUGUUUACUCAUGGUGUAUCCAUAACAAGGAAACUAGGUUUUUCCAAUAUUAUUAUGCCUGGUGAAAUGAGGAAUGAUUUAUAUAUCACUGUAGAAAGAGGAGAAUUUGAGAAAGGAGGAAAAAGUGUGGCCAGAAAUGUGGAAGUGACAAUGCAUGUUGUGGACAGCAGUGGUCAAAUUUUAAAGGAUUUUAUCUCGUUUGGCUCUGGAGAGCCACCAGCUAGCGAGUACCAUUCCUUUGUGCUUUAUCAUAACAAUGGUCCCAGAUGGGCUGAGCUGCUGAAACUUCCUAUUCCUGUGGAUAAAUUCAGAGGAGCACACAUCCGCUGUGAAUUCCGGCAUUGUUCCACAAAAGAAAAGGGUGAGAAGAAGUUGUUUGGCUUUUCUUUUGUGCCCCUGAUGCAGGAAAAUGGGAGGACGCUGCCAGAUGGCACCCAUGAACUCAUUGUACACAAGUGCGAAGAAAACACAAACCUUCAGGAUUCUAGUCGCUACCUCAAACUCCCCUUUUCAAAGGGAAUUUUCCUAGGAAACAACAGCCAAGCAGUAAAAACUACUAAAGAGUCCUUCUGGAUUACAUCCUUUCUCUGCUCCACUAAGCUCACACAAAAUGGAGAUAUGCUUGACCUUCUGAAAUGGAGAACUCACCCAGACAAAAUUGCAGGUUGCCUCUCAAAAUUGAAAGAAAUUGAUGGUUCAGAAAUAGUGAAGUUUCUUCAAGAUACACUAGACACUUUAUUUGGGAUUUUAGAUGAAAACUCUCAAAAAUAUGGAUCGAAAGUAUUUGAUUGUUUGGUUCACAUAAUAAAUUUGCUGCAGGACAGCAAGUUUCACCACUUUAAGCCAGUAAUGGACACUUAUAUUGAAAGCCACUUUGCAGGUGCACUUGCAUACAGAGAUCUUAUAAAAGUACUAAAGUGGCAUAUUGAUCGAGUCACUGAAGUGGAGCUGCAAGAACACAUACAGGAAGUACUAAAGGCACAGGAGUAUAUAUUUAAAUAUAUAGUUCAGUCUCGAAGAUUAUUCUCUAUUGCCACUGGUGGACAAAACGAGGAAGAAUUCCGCUGCUGUAUCCAAGAGCUUCUUAUGUCAGUGCGCUUCUUCCUUUCCCAAGAAAGCAAAGGAACUAGUGCUUUAUCCCAACUACAAGCUGUAUUUCUCAGCUCAUUCCCAUCUGUGUACUCUGAACUUUUGAAGCUCUUUGAUGUAAGAGAGGUGGCAAAUUUGGUUCAUGAUGCUCUGGGCAGCUUGCCGACAGUCAUGCAUGGGGAUGAAUCUCUUCAAGCUGUUAAACUUCAGAGUAUUGGGAAGACAGUAGAGAGUCACCUGUACACUAACCCAGAUUCGCGAUAUAUUCUUCUUCCAGUAGUUUUACAUCAUCUCCACAUGCAUUUACAAGAGCAGAAGGACCUCAUAAUGUGUGCACGUAUCCUUAGCAACAUAUUUUGCCUCAUCAAGAAGAACAGCUCAGAAAAAUCUGUCCUUGAAGAAAUAGAUGUGAUUGUAAACAGUCUGCUAGAUAUUCUGUUGAGGACCAUACUAGAGAUCACCAGCCGACCUCAGCCAACAGGAUCUGCUAUGCGCCUCCAGUUUCAAGAUGUGACUGGGGAGUUUGUCUCGUGUUUGUUGUCACUGUUACGGCAAAUGACUGAUAGACAUUACCAACAGCUUCUUGAUAGCUUCAGCACGAAGGAAGAUCUGAGGGAUUUCCUACUUCAGAUUUUCACUGUAUUUCGGAUACUAAUACGACCAGAGAUGUUUCCAAAAGACUGGACAGUGAUGCGUUUGGUUGCAAACAAUGUUAUCAUUACAACAGUCUUGUACCUUUCGGAUGCCCUUCGCAAAAACUUCUUAAAUGAAAACUUUGAUUACAAGAUAUGGGAUUCCUACUUUUUUCUUGCUGUCAUUUUUAUAAACCAGUUAUGUCUGCAACUGGAGAUGUUCACACCUUCCAAGAAAAAAAAGGUUUUAGAAAAAUAUGGUGAUAUGCGAGUAACAAUGGGAUGUGAAAUCUUCAGCAUGUGGCAAAAUUUAGGGGAGCACAAACUUCAUUUUAUCCCGGCAUUGAUUGGCCCCUUCCUAGAAGUGACCUUGAUCCCUCAGCCAGACCUACGGAAUGUCAUGAUUCCCAUUUUCCAUGACAUGAUGGACUGGGAGCAAAGGCGAAGUGGCAACUUUAAGCAGGUGGAAGCAAAACUGAUUGACAAACUGGACAGCCUGAUGUCAGAAGGUAAAGGUGACGAAACGUACCGAGAGCUCUUCAACAGUAUUCUACUGAAGAAAAUUGAGCGGGAAACAUGGAGAGAAAGUGGCGUUUCAUUAAUUGCCACUGUGACUCGCCUGAUGGAAAGGCUACUGGACUACAGGGACUGCAUGAAAAUGGGAGAAGUGGAUGGUAAAAAGAUUGGCUGCACUGUUAGCCUUCUGAAUUUUUACAAGACUGAGCUGAACAAAGAAGAGAUGUAUAUUCGCUAUAUUCAUAAGCUCUACGACCUACAUUUGAAAGCACAAAACUUCACAGAGGCUGCCUACACGCUCUUGCUGUACGACGAGCUGUUGGAGUGGUCUGAGCGGCCCCUGCGAGAAUUCCUGAACUAUCCCAUGCAAACGGAGUGGCAACGUAAAGAGUAUCUCCAUCUGACCAUCAUUCAAAAUUUUGACAGGGGAAAGUGUUGGGAAAACGGUAUUAUCUUAUGCAGGAAAAUUGCUGAACAAUAUGAGAGCUACUACGACUACAGAAACCUCAGCAAGAUGAGGAUGAUGGAAGCCUCUUUGUAUGAUAAAAUUAUGGAUCAACAGCGUUUGGAGCCAGAGUUUUUCAGAGUUGGAUUUUAUGGGAAAAAGUUUCCAUUUUUCUUGAGAAAUAAGGAAUUUGUUUGCCGAGGACAUGACUAUGAAAGGCUGGAGGCCUUCCAACAGCGAAUGUUGAAUGAGUUCCCACAUGCCAUUGCUAUGCAACAUGCUAAUCAGCCAGAUGAGACCAUCUUUCAGGCAGAAGCACAAUAUUUGCAGAUCUACGCAGUGACACCAAUUCCUGAAAAUCAGGAAGUCCUGCAGAGAGAUGGCAUUCCAGAUAACAUCAAGAGCUUUUACAAAGUAAAUCAUAUUUGGAGAUUCCGAUAUGACAGGCCAUUUCACAAAGGGACAAAGGACAAGGAGAAUGAAUUCAAGAGUCUAUGGGUAGAGAGAACCACCCUGAUUUUGGUGCAGAGUUUACCUGGAAUAUCUCGUUGGUUUGAAGUGGAAAAACGUGAAGUAGUAGAAAUGAGUCCUCUUGAGAAUGCUAUUGAAGUCUUGGAGAAUAAGAACCAGCAGCUGAGAACACUGAUUAGUCAAUGUCAAACUCGACAGAUGCAAAAUAUCAACCCUCUCACAAUGUGUUUAAAUGGAGUCAUUGAUGCAGCAGUUAAUGGUGGAGUUGCUAGAUACCAAGAGGCAUUCUUUGUCAAAGAAUAUGUCUUGAACCAUCCAGAGGAUGGAGAAAAGAUCACACGCUUGAGAGAGCUGAUGCUUGAGCAGGCUCAGAUUCUAGAAUUUGGCUUAGCAGUGCAUGAGAAGUUUGUGCCUCAGGAUAUGAGACCUUUACACAAAAAGCUAGUGGAUCAGUUCUUUGUGAUGAAGUCGAGUUUGGGAAUACAGGAGUUCUCCACCUGUGUACAAGCUAGCCCCAUUCAUUUCCCAAAUGGAAGUCCUCGUGUAUGCCGAAAUUCAGUACCUGUUUCUAUGAGCCCUGAUGGUGCUAGGGUAAUACCUCGGCGCAGUCCCUUGAGUUAUCCAGCUGUCAAUCGGUAUUCAUCCUCAUCACUGUCAUCCCAAGCUUCUGCUGAAGUCAGCAAUAUCACUGGGCAAUCAGAAAGCUCUGAUGAAGUUUUUAACAUGCAGCCCAGCCCGUCUACCUCAAGUCUAAGUUCUACUCACUCAGCUUCACCUAAUGUGACCAGUUCUGCUCCAUCCAGUGCCAGAGCCUCUCCUCUGUUGUCUGACAAACAUAAGCAUACCCGAGAAAACUCUUGCCUGUCUCCCAGAGAGAGGCCCUGCAGUGCCAUUUACCCUACUCCUUCAGAAACCUCGCAGACUGCAAACUCUUGCUUUGCCAAGUGGAAUGCGACUUCUCUCCCCCACUCUACCCGAGAUUCGAUAAGGGAGGCUGAGGAGCUCGUAGGCCCAGUCUCCGUUCUCUCAGAGACUCGCCUGACAGCAAAAUCUCCCAAUCUGUCUCUACCCUCAGUGUCCCAAGAGAGGAGAAUGCUGUUUAAUCAUAUUGGAGAUGGUGCUCUGCCACGAAGUGAUUCCAACCUGUCUGGCCCUGACAAGGCUGUGAACACCACCCCCAGCAGCUGGAGCCUGGACAGUGGGAAAGAAGCCAGAAACACAUCAGAAAAUGGAAAGCUUGUAUCUCCGCCUGUGCCACCACGACCUGCACAGACUGCAUCACCAGCAAGACACAUAGCUUCCAUUUCUCCUUCUCCUGCUGGCAGAUCACCAAUGAAGGGUUCUGUGCAAUCCUUUACCCCUUCUCCAGUCGAAUAUCAUUCUUCGGGGCUCAUAUCCAAUUCCCCAGCGCUGUCGGGGAGUUACAGCAGCGGCAUCUCUUCGCUCAGCCGAUGUAGCACAUCCGAAACGUCGGGCUUCGAAAGCCAAGGCAGCGAGCAAACUGUAACUGCUCCGAACUACAACGUUACCGAGGAGCCCGUGAGAAAAGAAAGUAAAACCCCACCACCUUACAGUGUCUAUGAGCGAACUUUGAAGCGCCCCGUUCCACUACCUCACAGCCUCUCCAUCCCGGCCGCCUCAGACCCGCCAGCGCUGCCACCCAAACCACAGCUCAUCCGGCCAAGCAAUCUGGAAAACAGUGGCAGGAGGACUGAGCAGGUUCCUCGGCCGAGGCCGCUUCCUCGGAAAGUGUCUCAGUUAUGAGAAGUCAUUUUUGUAUUUAACGGCAGUGAAUUCUUUACCGUUUAAGAAAUAAUAUUUUUUAAAAAUGGUAAAGUACAUUUAGUUAGGCACUUUAAUAUUUUACCAACAUUUUCUUUUAAGUAAUUUUUAAAUGCUUAUUAAUAUUAUGUUGCACAUUUUUAAAAGAAGUUACUAAUUUAGGUUGCCAGACACUAGGAAGCACGAAUGCGAGACUUUUCUUAAUUUUGUGAUGGUGAAUACUGAUACAGGCUUUUAUUUGUACCUUAUUUUUAUUUUUAAAAAAUUAAACCUAAAGCCCUACAGCUCUCAUCUGAGUUAGCCGAAUGCUUCUUACAAAAUGCAGAAUAUACUGACUGGAUCUUGAUUACUAGAAUAAAUGCACGCGUUAUAACAAAGUAGUCUGUAGACUAGGAUGUUUCUGCAAGUAGGCUGAAAGUUGUCUCUCUUAUCUGGUGAACAGGUUAGUUAUUUCAAAUGUCUGUGGAAGAACAGAAAUAUAAUGCAAGUUAUACUACAGCGAAGUGUUGCAAGAAUGUGGUUUGGGAUUUUGGAAACAAACACUUGGUUCUUAUUAUUUUUAAGAAUGAAAAAUACCUGUGUUUCAUUCAGUAUAGAGCACCCUUCUGGUAAAUCUUUAUAAGGUUUUUGUGCUAUUAGUGUAUUACUGUACCUGAUGCAUCCUUUUCUUUUUGAGGUGCAAUUUCUUUUUAUUCUUCCAGUUAGUUUUAAACUAGCUGGCAGUUUUCAAGAACAGCAGAGAACUGCUAAUAGCAAGUUCACCCUAAAAUACAAUUUGUGUAUUAUAUAGGUACAAAUGAAUGUGUUCAUUUAAUCUGUGUACAGGAAUCAGUGUUGACUAUUACCAGGGCAAUGAACUAAAUGAACAAAUUUAAAAAAUAUAAAUUGCUGGCUAUGUAUCAAUGAAUUUUAAAAGCAGUAAAAGUCAUUAACAAUCCUGCAAAAAGCUAGCAAAAAUUCUGUAGAGCUCUUUCAACGUGUAUGUACCAGUGGGGUUUGGGAUUUGGUUUUUAACUUGAGUACAUCACCAUCAUCCUCACUGUAGGAGAACGGUGUUCAGGCUUAGGUUGUAUUUUAGGAAUUAGCAUCUGGAGAGCCCUGGAAAGCUAAUGCCAAGCUGUAGGAACAUGGGGAAAAAAGCACCUUCUAUAUGUAUUUUUUGUAUUCCUCCCUUUACUCACUGUUUAGCGCUCGCUUGAAAACAGAUGUAUGAACUGCAUUUAAAAUCAUGCUGUUAAAAAUAUUCUCCCUCUUUUGUUGGGAAGCUCAUGUUGAUUUUAACUGUGUUUGAUUUGUUGAUAGUUUAACUGGAAGAAAGUGACCACUUUUUAUAUUCUCUCAAUUAAACCUUCAGCAGUUACAAGCUGUUGAAUGGUGGUUAUAGAGGUUUUCUAUAAUAAAUGUUCAAGUAUUUUUGUACAUAAUUGGUAAAUUUUAAUAAGGAGUGUACCAUUAUGUGAAAAAGAAGCAAACAGUUGUGUAUGCAGUAAGAUUGUUAUAAUUAUGCCAAAUACUUUAU